AUGGCGGGCCCGGGUCCGGGUCCGGGUCCGAGCCCGGGCGUGUACGCGGCCGAGUUCGUGCCGCCGCCCGAGUGCCCCGUGUUCGAGCCGAGCGGGGAGGACUUCGCCGACCCGCUGGGCUUCAUCGGCCGCAUCCGGCCGCUGGCGGAGAAGACGGGCAUCUGCAAGAUCCGCCCGCCCAAGGAUUGGCAGCCUCCAUUUGCCUGUGAAGUAAAAAGCUUUCGUUUCACUCCGAGGGUACAGCGCCUGAAUGAACUUGAGGCAAUGACCAGAGUGAGAUUGGACUUCUUGGAUCAACUAGCAAAAUUUUGGGAACUUCAGGGAUCGACAUUGAAGAUUCCUGUGGUGGAGAGAAAGAUUCUGGAUUUGUAUUCUUUGAGCAAGAUUGUUGCCAGCAAAGGAGGUUUUGAAAUGGUCACCAAGGAGAAGAAAUGGUCUAAAGUGGGGAACCGCUUAGGAUAUCUGCCAGGAAAAGGAACUGGAUCUCUUUUGAAGUCACACUAUGAAAAAAUUCUCUACCCAUAUGAACUUUUCCAAUCUGGUGUCAGUCUUAUGGGUGUACAAAUGCCUAAUUUAGGUCUUAAGGAAAAAGUGGAGCCUGAGGUUCUUGGCACUGAUGUCCAAACAUCCCCAGAGCCUGGUACAAGAAUGAACAUUCUGCCGAAGAGAACAAGACGUGUCAAGUCUCAGUCAGAUACUGGAGAAAUGACUCGAAAUACAGAACUGAAGAAACUUCGAAUUUUUGGGGCUGGCCCUAAAGUUGUGGGCCUGACAGUGGGAACAAAAGAUAAAGAAGAUGAGGUCUCUCGGAGACGAAAAGUUACCAACAGGUCAGACGCAUUUAACAUGCAAAUGAGACAACGGAAAGGAACGCUCUCUGUUAACUUUGUCGAUCUCUAUGUGUGUAUGUUUUGUGGUCGGGGAAAUAAUGAAGAUAAGUUGCUUUUGUGUGACGGAUGUGAUGACAGUUAUCAUACGUUUUGUUUAAUUCCCCCUCUACCCGAUGUUCCCAAAGGAGACUGGAGGUGUCCAAAAUGUGUUGCUGAGGAAUGUAAUAAGCCUCGAGAAGCCUUUGGAUUUGAACAAGCUGUGCGGGAGUAUACACUUCAGAGUUUUGGAGAGAUGGCAGAUAAUUUUAAGUCUGAUUAUUUCAAUAUGCCAGUCCAUAUGGUUCCCACCGAGUUAGUAGAAAAGGAAUUCUGGCGGCUGGUGAGCAGCAUUGAAGAAGACGUUAUUGUGGAAUAUGGAGCUGAUAUCUCUUCAAAAGACUUUGGGAGUGGAUUUCCUGUGAAGGAUGGCCAGAGAAAGAUGCUUCCAGAAGAAGAGGAAUAUGCACUUUCUGGUUGGAACUUGAAUAACAUGCCUGUCCUGGAACAGUCUGUUCUUGCACAUAUUAAUGUGGAUAUCUCUGGUAUGAAGGUUCCAUGGCUCUAUGUUGGGAUGUGUUUCUCUUCCUUUUGCUGGCAUAUUGAAGAUCACUGGAGUUAUUCAAUCAACUAUUUGCACUGGGGAGAACCAAAGACGUGGUAUGGAGUGCCAUCUCAUGCUGCAGAACAGCUGGAGGAGGUGAUGAGGGAGCUGGCACCUGAAUUAUUUGAAUCCCAGCCUGAUCUUCUACAUCAGUUAGUCACCAUUAUGAACCCCAAUGUGCUAAUGGAACAUGGUGUACCUGUGUACAGGACCAAUCAAUGUGCUGGCGAGUUUGUUGUGACAUUUCCUCGUGCCUAUCACUCUGGAUUCAAUCAGGGCUACAACUUCGCUGAAGCUGUGAACUUCUGUACUGCUGACUGGUUACCCAUUGGACGUCAGUGUGUUACUCAUUAUCGAAGGUUGAGGCGCCAUUGUGUCUUUUCACAUGAGGAACUCAUUUUCAAAAUGGCAGCAGAUCCAGACUGCUUAGAUGUUGGACUGGCUGCUAUGGUGUGCAAAGAAUUGACUCUCAUGACUGAAGAAGAGACAAGAUUGAGAGAGACUGUUGUACAAAUGGGUGUCCUGAUGUCAGAAGAAGAAGUGUUUGAACUUGUUCCUGAUGAUGAACGACAGUGCUCAGCAUGCAGAACCACAUGUUUUCUCUCUGCUCUCACGUGCUCCUGUAAUCCAGAACGACUUGUUUGUCUCUAUCACCCAACAGAUCUGUGCCCCUGCCCUAUGCAGAAGAAAUGUCUUAGGUAUCGUUACCCGUUAGAAGACCUUCCUUCUUUGCUAUAUGGUGUGAAAGUCAGGGCACAGUCCUAUGACACUUGGGUCAGUCGUGUAACAGAAGCAUUGUCUGCCAACUUCAGCCACAAGAAAGACUUGAUUGAAUUACGGGUAAUGCUGGAAGAUGCUGAAGAUAGGAAGUACCCAGAAAAUGACCUCUUUCGAAAACUUAGGGAUGCUGUUAAAGAAGCUGAAACCUGUGCUUCUGUGGCUCAACUGCUUCUGAGCAAAAAGCAGAAACACAGGCAGAACCCAGAUAGUGGGAGGACUCGGACCAAACUAACAGUGGAAGAAUUGAAGGCUUUUGUUCAACAGCUUUUUAGUCUUCCGUGUGUCAUCAGCCAAGCUCGACAAGUAAAGAAUCUGCUUGAUGAUGUGGAAGAAUUUCAUGAACGAGCUCAAGAGGCCAUGAUGGACGAAACCCCAGACUCUUCCAAACUCCAGCUGUUGAUAGAUAUGGGUUCUAGUCUCUAUGUGGAGUUACCUGAAUUAGCACGACUAAAGCAAGAGCUGCAACAGGCUCGAUGGUUGGAUGAAGUUAGACUGACCUUGUCAGAUCCACAACAAGUCACUUUGGACGUCAUGAAGAAACUGAUAGACUCCGGGGUGGGAUUAGCUCCCCACCAUGCUGUGGAGAAAGCAAUGGCUGAACUACAGGAACUCCUUACAGUCUCUGAGCGAUGGGAAGAGAAGGCUAAGGUCUGCCUACAGGCAAGACCACGACACAGCAUGGCAAGUUUAGAAAGCAUUGUAAAUGAAGCUAAGAAUAUUCCAGCCUUUCUUCCCAAUGUGUUAUCUCUUAAAGAAGCUUUACAAAAGGCUAGAGAAUGGACAAGCAAAGUGGAAGCUAUUCAGAGUGGCAGCAACUAUGCUUAUUUGGAGCAGCUGGAGAGCUUAUCUGCUAAAGGGCGUCCUAUCCCUGUGCGGCUGGAUGCAUUGCCUCAAGUCGAAUCCCAGGUAGCUGCAGCUCGGGCUUGGAGAGAACGAACUGGGCGGACCUUUCUGAAGAAGAAUUCUAGUCAUACAUUGCUACAGGUGCUAAGUCCUCGAACUGACAUUGGUAUAUAUGGGAGUGGUAAAAACAGAAGGAAAAAAGUAAAGGAACUAAUAGAAAAAGAGAAGGAAAAGGAUUUGGACCUUGAACCGCUGAGUGAUCUGGAUGAAGGAUUGGAGGAAACCAGGGAUACAGCCAUGGUGGUGGCAGUUUUCAAAGAACGUGAACAAAAAGAGAUUGAAGCCAUGCAUUCCCUCAGAGCAGCCAACCUAGCCAAGAUGACAAUGGUGGACCGUAUAGAAGAAGUAAAAUUUUGCAUUUGUCGCAAGACUGCCAGUGGAUUUAUGCUACAGUGUGAGCUCUGCAAAGACUGGUUCCAUAAUAGCUGUGUUCCCCUUCCUAAAUCAAGUUCCCAGAAAAAAGGAUCUAGCUGGCAGGCUAAAGAAGUUAAAUUCCUUUGCCCUCUUUGUAUGAGGUCUCGAAGACCAAGACUAGAGACUAUUUUGUCACUCCUGGUAUCCCUUCAGAAAUUGCCAGUACGAUUGCCUGAAGGAGAGGCUUUGCAGUGUUUGACUGAACGUGCUAUGAGUUGGCAAGACAGAGCACGGCAGGCCCUAGCCACAGAUGAACUGUCCUCUGCCCUGGCCAAACUCUCUGUGUUAAGUCAGCGUAUGGUAGAACAGGCAGCUCGAGAAAAAACAGAGAAGAUUAUCAGUGCAGAACUCCAAAAGGCAGCUGCCAAUCCAGACUUACAGGGACACUUACCUAGUUUCCAGCAGUCUGCUUUCAACCGUGUGGUGAGCAGUGUAUCUUCUUCCCCUCGACAAACAGUGGAAUAUGAUGAUGAAGAAACAGAUUCCGAUGAAGACAUUCGAGAGACAUACGGCUAUGACGUGAAGGACACAGCCAGUGUGAAGUCUUCCAGUAGUUUGGAACCCAAUCUGUUUUGUGAUGAAGAGAUUCCCAUCAAAUCUGAGGAGGUGGUGACUCACAUGUGGACAGCACCUUCAUUCUGUGCAGAACAUGCUUAUUCUUCUGCUUCUAAGAGUUGCUCUCAAGUUUCUAGCACUCCAAGGAAACAACCUCGGAAGAGCCCUUUGGUACCUCGAAGCUUGGAACCUCCAGUUUUGGAGUUGUCACCUGGAGCUAAAGCCCAAUUAGAAGAACUUAUGAUGGUUGGAGAUCUCCUAGAAGUGUCUCUGGAUGAGACUCAACAUAUCUGGCGGAUUUUGCAGGCCACACAUCCACCUUCUGAAGACAGAUUUCUGCAUAUUAUGGAGGAUGACAGCAUGGAGGAAAAACCAUUGAAAAUAAAAGGAAAAGAUUCUUCAGAGAAGAAACGGAAACGGAAGCUAGAGAAGGCAGAACAGUUUUUUGGAGAAGGAAAACAGAAGUCCAAGGAAUUGAAGAAAAUGGAUAAACCUAAAAAGAAGAAAUUAAAAUUAAAUGCAGAAAAAACAAAAGAACUAAACAAACUUGCCAAGAAACUAGCUAAAGAAGAAGAGAGGAAGAAAAAAAAGGAAAAGGCUGCUGCAGCCAAGGUUGAACUGGUGAAAGAGAAUACUGAGAAGAAGAGGGAGAAAAAGGUGCUGGACAUCCCCUCAAAGUAUGACUGGUCAGGAGCUGAGGAAUCUGAUGACGAGAAUGCUGUGUGUGCAGCACAAAACUGUCAGAGGCCCUGCAAGGACAAGGUAGACUGGGUACAGUGUGAUGGUGGCUGUGAUGAGUGGUUUCAUCAAGUUUGUGUGGGUGUAUCUCCAGAAAUGGCUGAGAAUGAAGAUUACAUCUGUAUAAACUGUGCAAAGAAGCAAGGGCCAGAUAGCCCAGAUCAAGCACCUCCUUCCUUCAUAAUGAGCUACAAACUACCAAUGGAAGAUCUUAAGGAGACUAGCUAGCAGAUGCUGGGUUAGUCUGGGACAUGAGAGAAGUGGACCACAUUAAGACCAUAGUCACCAAGUACAGUGCUUUAGAUCUACUUGGAGUAUUGCUUCCAAAGACAAAUGGCGUUCAGAGAAAGUCCUCUUAGCUGACUUCCUCUUUGCAUGGACUGUGUGAUCUACAGUCUCUAUCAACACAUCUACGCAUAAGGUGUCUUCUUUGGUACAGUAGCUGAUAAUGCAAUUCGUGUCUCCUCAGAGCGUGUUUUGCUGCAUAAGGCCUGAUAUUUGAUUCAAUUCAAGAAUGAUUGGUUAGCGUUAAUAUGUUGGUAUGCUAGCAGGGCACACAGGAUGUGGCUUAUGACCAGUUUAUAGGAAAAGUUGACAACCAAGGGGCAGUACUAUCUGGAAGUGCUGAUUGCUUGGAUUUCUGUUAGGGAGUUGGAGAGGAGUACCACUUGCAUUCCGUGUUGUUACUUGGCAUUUAGAUGCCCUUCUGAUACAACUAGGAGAGGAAUAAGUGUAAAAACUACUACUUCUAGAAUUUUUGAGACUGUAGCAGUUUAUACACCUCACUUUCUUGUGCUGACUUGCACCAAGAAGAAAAUCCCAAAUGAGAGGCAGAGUACUUAUCUUCCUGAGGAGGAUGCCAUUUAGUUGAGAACUCUCACUAGAUUGCAUUCUGGAAAGAAUCUUUGAGAAACCUUUCCAUCUUGGGUCUGUUUAGAGAAGAACAGGUACAUCGAUCCAGACUUUGCAGAAGAGAAGAAGACAAGUUCAGAUACUGUACUGAGCCACGGUGAUGCAUGCUUUUGGGGGAACCUUCAUUCACAAGUAUACCAGAUACCACCAGGCUUCAGGCAUGGCCGUGAGCAACAAGCCCAGCCAAUUACAGCUUUCGCCUUGCAGCCCCGACCCCAGUGUCUACAGUUUCCAGUACUGGCGAUUUCUGAUUGUGGCCCAGAGCAGAUGCAGUUGAGUAGCACCAUGGCUUCAUCAGGAUGUGAGGUGGUACCACGUGCCUCUGGAUGAUGAAGUUGUUUUAGUAAAUCCAUUUUCUAAAAAAGGACCCGUUUUUACUUUUUCUAAAUGUCUCUGACUACUGACUUGUAUAAAUAGAUUAUUUUUCCUUUUUUAAUAUACAUAUAUGAAUAUAUGAAUAUAUAUUUACUGUUACCAGCAGCAUAUGACAGUUUCAGCAUUGAAAAUUCAUUUGGGGCUUCCUUUUUCUUGCAUUUUAAUAAUAAUAUUAAAAAAUCCCAUUCCUUCCUUGUAGUACAAGGAGUUAGCGCUUCCUUCUCCAUGCUAGUCCGACCAGAUUUUCCACCUUAUUUUUGUCCAGAUAGUCAGUCAAGAUUUCCUUCAUGUGUUGGGACUUGUCCCUGUCUGUUGGGAAACAGUUUUACUGUAUCUUUGAUGACUGUUUUGUAUGUGAAUGUUUGAAACUAUGGUGCUGUGUCUUCCUCCUGUUCUCUGUUCUUGUUAAGAUGUUAGGUAAGCUGUCUGAACACUUACUUACUAGAGGGGGACUCUUUGUUUUUUUAAAGGGCGAACAAUCCUAACUCACUAAAAGUGUUUUGUCUUCACUA